AUGGGUUCGCAACAACUCAUAGCGAACGAGUUACUGGCGUUCAUACAGAAUGCCGUAGACACCAUGGACGAAGUCAGCAUCAGGCAGAUCUGCAAAUCAAGUUUUAGUGAAGACGAUAUUUGCAGUGGCAAGGCGCUGCUUUUCCAGUCGCUCGGGAAAACCGACCAGAUGCCAUCCCGUCGGAGGGAUGGGGGUGUGAAGAGUCUCCAGGACAUCAUUAAACUGUUCAAGGAGACCGAUCCAGACGACGUGCCUGCCUUCGUUGCGAAGCGGCUGGACCGGUUACCGCCGGUUACCUUCGACCACGUCGACGUCACCAGGCUGCUGAAGGACAUAACAUUCCUGAAGACAAGUUUGGCAGAGGUGCAGUCUAAGUUAGAGGUGGCCAAUAACACCAUUUGUGAACUUCGUACUGAGGUAGUGAUACUCCGUGACACUGUUUCGGUAUGUAGGUCACACGAGACCACUGACUUGGGCUCGUGUAGUGAUGCGCGUGCAAUUGUGUGCAAUGCUGGGUCAGCAACGAGCGAUAUGACGCCAGUCCCCGCCGCCGGCCCGCUCCCCGCACCCCGCACGCCGCGUCUCGUCGUACCGUCAUCUGCUCCAGUUGGUGUAUCAGUGACUCCUGGUCUCGAUUACGCUGCUGCUGCAAAACAAAGAAAGGCACCUCCGAAGGUGCCCGAAUCUGCUUCUCGAGAUGAGAAGCUACCCCGCGCCGAAAAAGGUUUCCCGCAGGCGUCGAAGGAGAGGCGGCCGCGCAAGGCGCCUCGCAAGAGCCAGUGUGGCACAGCGGAGCCAGAUAUUGCAUCUGGACUGAGGGCUGCCACGCCGAAUACUGCGCUAUACGUAUCGCGCCUGCAUGUUUCCGCCACGGCAGACGAUGUGGUGGAAUAUCUUCGUAAGAAGACCUGUUACGAGUUGAAAGUGUUCCAGCUGCGAUCGCGACAUUACGUGCACUUCAGCUCGUUUGUGUUAGUUGCCAGAAAGUUUGGAUUAGACAGAGACAAGCGUAACGGACUAUUGGAAAUACCUAACAGUGACAGGAGGUAA